UUCCAGACCAACACUAUGCGCGCAACGCCCGCAGCCGCUCAUUUCUGAACAAAAUCCCUUUGCGCUGGUCCAUGUAGCGGCUGAAUCGCCCGACCUGCUACCAUGAACGGAUUUGCCGACCGCGGCCUCAGCGAGGACGACUUUGGCGAGACCAAGGGCGGCCUCAAGGCCUUUGAUGCUUUCCCCAAAACCAAACCCACCUACCUUACCCAGACGCAAUCCGGCGCCAACUGGACCCUUCUCCUACUCGUAACAUGCGCCUGGUUGUCAAUAAGCGAGGCCAUGCGCUGGUGGGUUGGCACAACCUCGCAUACUUUCAGUGUCGAGAAGGGCGUUGGCCAUGACCUGCAGCUCAACCUGGACAUCGUCGUUGCCAUGAGAUGUCAGGACCUGCACGUCAACGUACAAGAUGCCUCGGGCGAUCGCAUUCUCGCUGGCGAGACGCUGAAGAAGGACCAUACGAGGUGGCAAAACUGGAAGGGUGGCCAUGCGCUGGCGCACGACGCGAACAGCUUGGCGGCGAAGUACGAGGAGGAAGAUGUGCAUGAUUACCUGGGUGCGGCCAAGAAGAAGAAGUUUCCCAAGACCCCGCGCUUCAGGGGGACGCCGAAUGCGUGCCGUAUCUACGGCAGCCUCGAGGGCAACAAGGUCCAGGGCGACUUCCACAUCACGGCCAGGGGACAUGGAUACUUGGAGUUUGGUCUCGAGCACUUGGAACACAACCAGUUCAACUUCUCGCACGUCGUCAACGAGCUCUCCUUCGGCCCCUUCUACCCCUCUUUGACCAAUCCGCUCGACAACACCAUUGAAUAUACGCCCACGCCCGACGACCACUUCUACAAGUUCCAGUACUACCUUUCCGUCGUUCCGACCGUCUUCACGGACACGAGCUCCACCAUUGUCACGAACCAGUACGCGGUGACAGAGCAGUCGCACGGCGUCUCCGAGGUCAGCGUGCCGGGCAUCUUCUUCAAGUACGAUAUCGAGCCCAUCAUGCUCACCAUCGCCGAAGAGAACGGUGGCUUCCUGGCGCUUCUGAUCAGGCUGGUCAACGUUGUAUCGGGUGUCAUGGUCGCGGGCGGCUGGUGCUUCCGGAUUGGCGAGGCGCUGGUCGAAGUGUGGGGCAAGAGGAACAAGAGAAGCGAUGGUCUCGGUGUGUUGCAUGGACGGAGCACUAGUUUGGAUGAGAAGCGUGGCCUUUGAUUUUGGCAUUGCUGGACUGGCGUUAGGGGCAUGUGGGGUUUUGCAUAGGGCCGCAGGGCUAGGUAGAUGCGGCGUUGCAUAGCAAUGCUCAUAACCAGUGCC